AUGAAUUUACAGAAACAUAUAGCACAGAGAAAUGCUCAGAAGAAUGUUAUAGACUAUUAUUUAGCGAGAAUAGAAGACGCCAAAAGCGCCGAGAACAUUUCACUGAUCGAUUUCAACGGAAUAUUUGAAAAACUCGCGUUAAAAGUGAAACAAAUGGAAGAAAUGAACGAGAAGAUUGCAAAUCUUACGGACAGCGAAGAAAUUAACGAAGAAAUUAUACAAACCGAAAAGUAUAUGUUGGACUUAGACCUUAAAAUGAGACACCUUAGUGACUUUAGAGAUAAACAGAUUCGUACAGAUGUACAACAACCGCAGUUUUUCCCCACUGAUGGUCAGUCAACUCUUCAUGUGGAGUCGCAGCAGACAUUUUCCUCUGAAUUUUCGCAGUCCACAACUGACAGAUCGUCACAGAGCACUUCCGGUUUUCAACAAGCACAGUUGAAUGUAAAUGCACAUCCUUUCGUCAGUCAGAAUGUAAGUAACAAUUCAUUUCAAUUUCAUAGACUGCCAAAGUUGUCUCUACCAAAAUUUAACGGUGAUAUUCUUAAAUGGCAAGGUUUCUGGGAUUCCUUUGAAUCAACCAUUCACCUGAAUACCAAUCUCACAGACGUACAGAAGUUUACAUAUUUACAGUCUCAGCUAGAGGGCGUUGCAGCACGUACUAUAGACGGUUUUGCCUUAACAAAUUCCAAUUAUUUGAGAGCCAUUAGUUUACUUAGAGAGAGGUUCGGACAACAGCAUAAGAUUGUACAUACCACCAUGCAGGCCUUGAUACAACUACCGGCGCCAUUGAACACGCUUAGCAGUUUACAAGCGUUCCAUGACAAAAUGGAAACGUACAUUCGAGGGUUAGAAUCAAUGGGGCAGAAUCAAGAAAGUACGGAAGCCUGUUAG